AAACAAUACUAUAAGGAGAGAGAGGAGACAGAGAACGUAAAGGCCGUGAACUCACGUCGUUAGGUUUAAACCAGAGACCGCCAUGGACGGCGAAGACGAACCUUCGGGACAAAUGAUCGACGAUGAGAUCUACGCCAACGGCGGUGACGAUCCCCAGCGUCACCGACCAAUCAUCAGCGGCGAACAGCUCGACAUCGAGGCCUACGCUGCCCUCUACGCCGGUCGCACGAAGAUCGCUCGCCUCUUCUUCGUCGCCGACCGAUGCGGCAACGCUUCGAUGCAGUUGGAGGCCCUUCGAAUGGCCUACGACGAGAUCAAGAAAGGCGAGAACACUCAGUUGUUUAGGGAGGUUCUUCAGAAGAUCGACGGACGAUUGGGCCCCAAUUACGGCCCUGACCCGGCUUGGACUGAGACCGUCGACCGUCGGGCCGACCAGAGGAAGGACAAGCUCGAGAAUGAACUCAAUGCUUACAGAACAAAUUUAAUCAAAGAAAGCAUUAGAAUGGGAUACAAUGAUUUUGGAGAUUUUUACUAUGCUCAUGGGGCACUUCCGGAUGCAUUUAAGAAUUACAUUCGCACUCGUGAUUAUUGCACAACAUCAAAGCAUAUCAUUUACAUGUGUCUGAAUGCAAUUUUGGUCAGUAUUGAGAUGGGUCAGUUCACACAUGUUACGAGCUAUGUUGGCAAAGCAGAGCAAAAUCCAGAUGCCUUGGAUCCCAUUACAGUAGCAAAACUACGAUGUGCUUCUGGAUUGGCUAACUUGGAGGCUAAAAAGUAUAAGCUUGCUGCACGAAAGUUCUUGGAAACGGGUCCUGAAUUGGGGAACAACUAUACAGAAGUGAUUGCAGCUCAGGAUGUUGCAACAUAUGGUGGACUGUGUGCACUUGCAAGUUUUGACCGAUCAGAACUGAAGAACAAAGUUAUAGACAAUCUCAACUUCCGGAAUUUCUUGGAGUUGGUACCUGAAAUAAGAGAGCUUAUUCAUGAUUUCUAUUCGAGCCGUUAUGCCUCAUGUCUGGAUUAUCUUGGAAGUCUCAAAGCAAAUCUGCUGCUUGACAUCCAUUUGCAUGACCAUCUUGAGACACUGUAUGAUCAAAUCCGUCACAAGGCCCUCAUACAGUAUACUCUCCCUUUUUUGUCUGUUGAUCUGAACAUGAUGGCUAAUGCUUUUAAAACAAGUGUUGCGGGCCUGGAGAAAGAACUGGAAGCUUUGAUUACGGACAACCAAAUACAGGCUAGGAUUGACUCGCAUAACAAAAUACUGUAUGCACGACAUGCUGAUCAGAGGAAUGCCACUUUCCAACGGGUUCUGCAGACAGGCAAUGAAUUUGACCGGGAUGUCAAGGCCAUGCUUCUGAGGGCAAACAUUAUAAAGCAUGAUUUUAGCGCUAGGCAAUCAAGGAAACAUUAAAAAUUCAUUAGUAGAGUGAUAGCAACGCAUUUUUCCUCGAUUGGAUUCAGACAGGCCAUUCGACGUGUUGGAUGGAUGGAAAUUAAGCAUGGGAGCUUCCAAAACAAAACUGGCUAUCCGUGCUGGUGGUUAUUCCGGAGAAUGUUUUCAUGCAGUAUAACCUACAUUUAAGAGAUUUGAUGUGUAUAUACUCGGAUUCGUCGCAUUAAUUGCUGCCCUUAUGUUUUUUGGGUCAUUUUCUUGUUUAUUGCUAUAUUAAACAGUGAUGCGAAUCAAGUUUUAAAGCUUGUGAAUUGACUAGGCAUACAUUUUUCUUUU